AUGUGGGAAGAGUUGUGGUCGAUUCACGGCCUUUUGGCUGUCUUCCGCUGGUUCCUUAUGCCAGAAACCCAUCUGCCAUCGCUACAGCAUGCAGCUUCACAUGCCGUGCAUGCCGCCUCGAAUUGGGUGUCUGGCUCUUCGGUCCCCGACUUGACAAACUCGGCCUCAGUGCUCGCAGAUGAUGAUUUCGACGCCUUGCAGUAUGUUGAUCCUCUUAUCGGUUCAACAAACGGGGGCAAUGUGUUCGUUGGCGCAACAUUACCAUAUGGAAUGGCCAAGGCCUCUGCGGAUACAAACAGCAGUUCCAAUCAAGGUGGCUUCACUUUAGAUGGAAGCCCGGUUACUGGCUUUUCAACAAUGCACGACUCCGGCACUGGCGGACAACCAUCGCUGGGCAACUUCCCGCUGUUUGCAUAUACGACCUGCCCAAGCGGAGUGAUCAACUGGUGCACAUUUCCGAAGAAGUCGAGGGCGAAAUAUGGUUACUUUGACCAAAAGGAUGUGAUCGCAAAGCCAGGAUUGUUCAACAUUACACUGAGAACCGGCAUCAGAGUUGAGAUGACAACGACGGAGCGGGCGUCCCUCAUCAGGUUUAACUUCCCACAAGCAGGACAGCCUCUUAUCCUGCAAGACCUUUCUGAUCUGGGCGAUACGCGACAGGAUAACGCCUCGAUCAGCGUAAACAGCAAAACUGGACGGAUUACGGGACAUGCGCGCUUCCAACCAAGUUUCGGCACUGGCACUUACGUCUUGUACUUUUGUACUGACUUCCAAGGUGCCGAGAUUCUCGAUAACGGAAUCUUUGCAGACAGCCGUGCCAGCACUGAAGUGAAGAACAUGACCAUCUCAAGAUCAAUCAACGGAUAUCCCUUACCAGGAGGGGCCUUUGUGCGGUUUAAGUCUGCCGGCCAGCCCAUCACCGCACGCGUUGCUACCAGUUUCAUCAGCGAAAAGCGGGCCUGUUCUCAUGCCGAGAGUGAGAUUCCCGACUACAACUUCGAGCGAGUCUCGGGGGAGGCGAAAGCUAUCUGGCGUAGGAAGCUCAGCCCCAUUAAGGUCAAUACAGACAGAGUCAACGAAUCAUUCGCGCGAAACUUCUAUAGUGGUGUGUAUAGGACCAUGGUCAACCCGCAGAAUUAUACAGGAGAGAAUCCACUGUGGGACAGCAGCGAACCGUACUGGGACUCAUUCUACUGUCUGUGGGAUUCCUUCCGCUCCCAAAUUCCGUUCCUGGUCAUCAUUGAUCCAACUUCAGUCGCUGAGAUGGUCAGAUCUCUUAUCGACACAUAUGCCAACCUGGGAUGGCUGCCAGAUUGUCGGAUGAGUUUGUGCAAAGGGCUUACUCAGGGCGGGUCAAACGCAGACAACGUAUUGGCAGACGCCUAUAUCAAGAACAUCACCGAUGGCAUUGACUGGGAUCUGGGCUACGAAGCUGUCCUGAAAGAUGCAGAGGAGGAACCAUUUGACUGGAGUGUCAAUGGCCGCGGAGGUAUGGAUAGUUGGAAAAGGCUCGGCUACAUUCCUGUCCAGGAUUUCGACGUCAAGGGCUUUGGAACACUCACUCGAAGUGUUUCUCGGACGCUGGAAUACAGCUACAAUGAUUUUUGCGUCGCGCAAAUGGCCGACAAGAUGGGACGAGGGUCAGACCGAGACAAGUACCUUGCGUCGAGCAGUAAUUGGCGAAAUCUGUACAAACAGGAUCAGAAAUCUGCAUUUUUCAACGGAACAGACACCGGCUUCAGGGGUUUUUUCGAGCCCAAAUUCCUCAACCAAACCUGGGCAUACCAAAACCCAUUGAAUUGUAGCAAUUUGGAUGGAAACAGUGUCUGUUCUUUGCAGAACAAUGGACCUGAAACGUUCGAGAGCAGCCUCUGGGAGUAUGGAUUCUUCGUUCCUCAUGAUCAGGCAACGCUGAUUAACACAUAUGGUGGCCCGAAUGCAUUUGUUCGCAGACUCAACUUUCUGCAUGAUCAGAACAUUACCUACAUCGGCAACGAACCGGCAUUUCUCACGGUUUUCCAGUAUCAUUACGCCGGCCGUCCAGCCCUUUCAGCGAGGAGGGCUCAUUCUUAUAUCCCUUCAUUUUUCUCACCUGAGCCUGCGGGUCUGCCAGGGAACGAUGAUAGCGGCGCUAUGGGCUCUUUCUUGGCUUUCUCUAUGAUGGGCCUAUUUCCGAACCCUGGACAGGAUGUAUAUUUGAUCAUUCCUCCGUUCUUCGAAAGCAUCGAAGUUACGCAUCCGCAAACGGGAAGGACGGCGAGGGUCCGCAACAUCAACUUUGACCCGACAUACCGAAACAUCUACAUCCAGAGCGCAACUCUGAAUGGCGAGCCUUACAGGAAGAACUGGGUUGAUCACAAGUUUUUUACCGAAGGCCAGCAACUUGUGCUGACUCUCGGUCGACGAGAGAGUGAUUGGGGCACGAGAGUGCGGGAUUUACCGCCAAGCCUCGGAGAGUACCGGGGGUUCAACAGGACAUUCCCCUCAAAUCGCACGAGAAUAGUAGAUACAACGUACAAGGGUGACUUUGGGAAUCAGGGACAGGAUUUGGAAGGGUAG